GGUGAAACCGUUAUUAAACUUGGAACUGAACAUCUUGGAUAUAUUAUUCCUUGCGUAGACAAUUUUCAAAUUUUUGUUAUUCAUGCAAAAUGGGUUGUGGUGUCUAGAGAAUAUGAUUCUUGUCAGAAGUCUUGUCAAAAUUCGCGAGAAAACUAUGAACCUUCAGAAGGCGUCAUAAUUGAAGAAAUGGGAGUAAUAAUG